GCAACUGAGAGAGGUUAAGACAAAAUAGGUUUCUUGAUGGCACAUAAGAAACUGUGAACCUCGUUAAAUUGUAAAAAAUAGCAAUCGACGAUUAGAAAAAAAUCGAUUACACAUAACGUUAAUGGCAGAGGAACAUGUUUAUGGGUAUAAUCCAACGUCUGGAGCUGACGGAGAAUCCAGAGAUGAAGCUACUCGCAAGCUGAGAUUGAAAGUGAUCGCUGGACACCAACUAGCAAAAAAAGAUAUUUUUGGUGCAAGCGAUCCCUAUGUGCGUGUUGACUUAAAUACUAUAAAUGGUGACCAGACAAUAGAUUCUGCACUUACAAAAACAAAAAAAAAGACAUUAAAUCCCGUCUGGGAAGAAGAAUUUAUAUUUAGAGUUAAGCCUGUUGAUCAUAAAUUGGUGCUACAAGUUUUUGAUGAGAAUAGAUUGACAAGAGAUGAUUUUCUUGGAAUGGUAGAAUUAACAUUACUUAAUAUACCUAAAGAACAAGAAGGUCGUACAAUUCCUGGUAGGCGUUAUUUACUUCGACCACGUAGUAAUCAUUCCAGUCAGCGUUCAAGAGUGAAGGGUACUUUGGAGGUAUAUCAUGCAUAUAUGUCUGACUCAUCCACUGUGGACAAUGAAAAUGGAGAUACUGCAUCUGAAACAGGAAGCUGGGAAAUGGUGCAACCAACAAAUAAUAGUCCUGUGGAACAGGUUGCAGAAAUUAUGGUUAUUACACCUUUACCACCAGGUUGGGAAGAAAGACAGGAUGCAAAUGGGCGAACAUAUUAUGUUAAUCAUAUAGCAAGAUUCACACAAUGGGAACGUCCAAUAGAAUCUACUACUUCACCUAGUGGAAAUACGACAAUUGCACGAAAUUUCAAUACUGCAGCAACUGAAUUUCAACGUCGUUUUCACAUUAGUGCAGAUGACGAAAAUAGACAGAGAAGUUCAAUUAACCAGGAUGGUGAAGUUCUCCGCGUGGAAGGUGAAGAUUCGGAUGCGAGAGAUUAUGAAAUUGAGAAUCGUAGGGGAGGGGAUAGAGGGGAUACGUCUUCAGAGUCUGGACAUUCUGUUGAUCAACGUGGCUACCUUAGUGAAUAUGAAGACCAGAGUGAUGAUAAUGUGGAUAGUCCAAGUGGAUCUAGGCGAUCAUCUGGACAAAUUGACAGUCCAAAACCUGUGGUUCCUGUACCAAGUACUGAUGGAUUACCGCCUGGAUGGGGUAUGCUAAUAGCUCCAAAUGGUAGAUUAUUUUUUAUUGAUCACAUGUCGAGGACAACAACAUGGAUCGACCCUCGAACAGGGCGUCCGAGUUCAAUACCUAAUAACAUUGGCCCUUCUACAACACCAAGAAGCGAUUUAGAUCAGCUUGGUCCUCUUCCUGAAGGUUGGGAAGAAAGAGUCCAUACAGAUGGACGGAUAUUUUUCAUUGAUCAUAAUACAAGAACUACGCAAUGGGAAGAUCCUCGUAUGUCUAAUCCUCAAAUUGCUGGACCGGCUGUACCAUAUUCACGAGAUUAUAAACGUAAAUAUGAAUAUCUUAAAUCUCAGUUAAGAAAGCCUAACAAUGUUCCUAAUAAAUUCGAAAUAAAAGUUGGCCGAAAUAAUAUUCUAGAAGACUCGUAUCGUAUAAUUAGUUCUGUGAACAGAGUAGAGAUAUUGAAAACAAAAUUGUGGGUUGAAUUUGAAGGAGAAGUUGGUUUAGAUUAUGGAGGUCUUGCCCGAGAAUGGUUUUUCUUACUGUCUAAAGAAAUGUUUAAUCCUUACUAUGGAUUAUUUGAGUACUCUGCUACGGAUAAUUACACAUUGCAAAUUAAUCCUUUUUCGGGAGUAUGUAAUGAAGAACAUUUAAAUUACUUUAAAUUUAUUGGGCGCAUAGCAGGUAUGGCAGUUUAUCAUGGGAAAUUGUUAGAUGCAUUUUUCAUUCGUCCAUUUUACAAAAUGAUGUUAGGAAAAUCUAUUGAUUUAAAAGAUAUGGAAAGCGUUGAUUCUGAAUAUUAUAAUUCGUUAUUAUGGAUUAAGGAAAAUGAUCCUAGUGAAUUGGAACUUACAUUUUGUGUUGACGAAGAAAGCUUUGGCCAUACAUCUCAAAGAGAACUUAAACCAGAUGGUGCUAAUGUACCAGUAACGGACGAAAAUAAAGAUGAAUACAUAGCUUUAGUGAUACAGUGGCGUUUUGUAUCAAGGGUUCAAGAACAAAUGAAUGCAUUUUUGGAAGGAUUUAACGCUCUUAUACCACCAACGUUAGUAAAAAUAUUUGAUGAACAUGAAUUAGAAUUGCUAAUGUGUGGUAUCCAACAUAUUGACGUGAGAGAUUGGAAACAAAAUACAUUGUAUAAAGGAGAUUAUCACGCUAAUCACAUCGUUGUUCAAUGGUUUUGGAGAGUUGUACUUUCAUUUAGCAAUGAAAUGAGAUCCAGACUUUUACAGUUUGUUACCGGAACAUCAAGAGUACCGAUGAACGGUUUCAAAGAACUUUAUGGUAGUAAUGGUCCACAAUUAUUUACAAUUGAGAAAUGGGGUACACCUGACAAUUAUCCAAGAGCUCACACCUGUUUUAAUCGUAUAGAUCUCCCUCCAUAUCAGAGUUAUCAACAAUUGAGAGAGAAAUUGGUAAAAGCAAUUGAAGGUUCUCAAGGUUUUGCUGGAGUGGAUUAGCACGAAAUACCCUUUUUCAUGAUGAUAUCUGUAAUAUAAUGUACAUAUAUACAUAACACAUAGAUACACAACCACGUAUACUGUCUAAUAUGAUUAACUAUUUAACAGGAUAAACAUUUUUCUGCACUCUGAAGACUUAGGUGUCUUUUGACUGCUAGUUUCAACAUUGAGACAAAUCAAUGAAAAAUACGUUUAGAUAUACUUAACCACUAUCAAUAAUUGAAAAAAAAAUUUACGCAUGAUGCACUUUAAA